GGCAGCUAGGCCUCCCUAGUUGAUCCCCGGCUGGCGGGAGGGAAGAGGCGGCAGCAUGAGCCACGUAGUGACCAUCGAGGAGCCCCAGGCCACGCCGCAGGUGUCUCCGACCGGGUGCAGGGUGAGGUCGGGGACCUGGGGCCAGGUCUCCUCCAAUCGAACGUAUGAUUUCCUGUACGAUCCAUUGUUUAUUUUGUCAAGUGAGAAAGACCACACACAGGCAAAUAUCCAAGCCACCGUGAUUCGAAGCAAACUGAGAAAAGUUCCCAGGUUUAGGACCAUGUUCAGUAACCUGAUACAUUAUCCAAGAUAUUCUCUGCAUUGGAGCAAAGCAGACCCCGUCCCGCCAUUCAUCAGUCGGGAGUGGAAGGGUCACAAGGAGAAACACAGAGAAGCCCUCCUGCAACUUGCUGCAACUGACACUUCUUUUCAGAUGCCUAAAGAAGUUUAUGAAGAUCCUGAAGUUACUGGAAAGAAUCGCUAUAAAUAUUUUGAAAGGCCUUUCCUUCCAUUUUAUCAACAGAUGCCAUUGAAUGUUGUUUUUGAAGCAGCCAAGACAGAGCCAUAUACUUUUCCUCCUGCUUCUACUAAGUACCAACACAUCUCUUCAAAAUGUACUGUGAGCACUCAGACUGAUUAUCGGGAUGCCGAAGUUCAAACAGAUCCGUAUUCUCCAGAAUACGUCGUAUGUCAGGACUCAAUCCCUGAGCUCUUGACCCUGGCCACUCUGACUUGGGGUCGAGGUCUCCCAGCAGGUCAAGCUGAGGUAGAGAUGAUAGAACGUGCCCGGGAGAAGCGUGCUUGGGAAGCCACUCUUCCCUCUCUGAGUGACACCUCCCAGUUUGAGAAGAGGAGGAGGAUGAUGAAUGUGAUGGAGAGGAAGGAGUGGGCCUUCAGAGAGCAGGAGAUUGAAAAACUGCAGGAGCUUCGCCUGGAAGUUCUGAAAGAGCUGUUGAAGAAGCGUGAUGAGAAUCAGAAUGAAGUGAACAUGAAGCACUUGAAUGCCCAGUGGUCUCAACUGCAGGAAGCAAAGGAGGCAAAGUUGGCGCAAAUUCAACACACACACGUAUCAGCAAUCAGAAAACUUGUGGGAAAGGGGAAGAAUAUAGAAGGGAAGUUGGAGAGAAGAAACAUCAUCAAGGAUUAUUCUGAUUAUGCAUCACAGGUCUAUGGACCUCUAUCGCGCCUUGGUCGUUUCCCAGACAACAGCUCAGAGGACUUUGUAGUAAAAAACCACUAUCUCAACACCUAUGAAGGAUUAGUCGAGCUUGAGUCGUGUCUCCCAGAUUUUGUGACACAACCCCGAAUCAGACCUCCAAAACCAAAAGUCACUACCACCAAAGCUGGUUUUCUGAAGAGGGCAGCAAGGAUGGACCAUGAGUUGGCAGAGGUUCAUAAGGCACUGUUGGAUAAGAAGAAUAAGGCUCUUGAACCAAAGAAACCUCUGCGCUUUCUUCAAAGAAAGCCAAUUCCUCAACCUCGGCUUCCAACUCCAACCUUGGAAAUGAGUUCCAAUGAAGAAGAAGAUAUAGAAAUGGCUGUAAUCUACCUUCAGAAGUUACUCCGGGGCAGAGUUGUUCAGAACGUGAUGUUCGAAGGGAAAGAAAAGCGACUGGAGUUGAUCCAGGAGCUACGCACGAGCCAUGCGCUACAGGAAGAUGACAGGCUGGUGACGAAGGCGGAGAAGCAAGUGACCCUGGCCCUACAGCGGCAGAGGAACUUGCGUGAGCACAAGGUGUCACUGGUGGAAAACCAUUUGGCUGGACUGGAAGGAAGGGUGCUGGCCGACAUGUUUGACUUUCUGUCCAAAGAGCUGGUGAGACUGCAGGAAGAGAGGAGGGUCCACGCCUUUGCCAUGCUGGCCGAGCGGCAGCGGAGGAUGCGAGAAGCCGAAGAGAGUGGUCGGCGCCAGGUGGAACAAAGGCGCCUGCGGGAGGAGGACCAGAUAUUUAAGGAGGUGAUUAAAGUUCACCAAAGUACUGUAACUUCCUACCUGGAAGACAUAAUACUGAAUACUGAAGAGAAUACUGCAGAAGAACAAGCCAGGGCAGAAAUUGAGAAGAUGGCUGAGGAAAUCAAUGACAUUGCUUAUGAAAUGGAAAGCCGUCGAACUCAGCUUCAGUCAGAGGAGAUUGUUGCCGAGCUGGUUUAUAGUUUCCUGAUCCCACAGGUGCAAAAGGAGUUUGUCAAAGAAAAAGUGAGGAACGCACAGCGGAAGCAUCUUCUUGCAGCCCAUCAGAUCAUCCACAGGCACACGGAAGCCGUGGUCAGAAAGAAUCUUGUUGAGCAGCAGCAAGAUGAGGUCUCGGACACUGACGAGUUACUACAGGGAGAAACCCAAAAUGAGAAAGACAGCUAAGGUGAGUUUGAUUUUUCAUCUGGAAGGAAGUAGAGGGAGGAGGAAAAGCAGCAUCGUUCAGCUUCG